CCCGCCGCACGCGCCCCGCGCCCGCCGCCGCACGCGCUCGCUUCGCCCCCUCCGGUUUCUCUUUUUCUCCCCGCCUACCGUCCCCCGGUUCGUGCCGCUCUCCCCGCCGCUCGCUUCCAUCCCGUUCGCUGCACCGCACGCCUCAGCCAUGCCCGCCGACACGGGCAUGGAGAAACCGACCGCCUCGCCCAUCGCCGGCGCGCCCGCCAGCGCCAGCCACACGCCGGACAAGCCGCGGAGCGCCAGCGAGCACCGGAAGGUAAAUGCAGGAGGAGGAGGAGGGUGCCGGUCGGGGCGCAGCAGCGGUGGCGGCGGAGCUGGAUGGCGGCAAGCCCGCGGCCGUGCUGAGUCCUCCAAGCCCAUCAUGGAGAAGCGGCGCCGGGCGCGGAUCAAUGAAAGCCUGGGGCAGCUCAAGACGCUCAUCCUGGACGCGCUCAAGAAGGACAGCUCGCGGCACUCCAAGCUGGAGAAGGCGGACAUCCUGGAGAUGACCGUCAAGCACCUGCGGAACCUGCAGCGGGCGCAGAUGACCGCCGCGCUCAGCGCCGACCCCACCGUCCUCGGCAAGUACCGGGCGGGCUUCAACGAGUGCAUGAACGAGGUGACCCGGUUCCUGUCCACCUGCGAAGGGGUCAACGCGGACGUGCGCACGCGGCUGCUGAGCCACCUCUCGGCGUGCCUGGGCCAGAUCGUGGCCAUGAACUACCCCCCUCCUCCUCCGCCGCCGCCGCCGCCCGCCCAGCCCGCACAUCUGGCGCAGCAGCCGCUGCACGUCCAGCUGCCGCCGGGCGCCGCGCCCGUGCCCGUGCCCUGCAAGCUGAACCCCGCCGAGGCGCUGUCCCCCAAGGUCUACGGCGGCUUCCAGCUCGUCCCGGCCACUGACGGCCAGUUCGCCUUCCUCAUCCCCAGCCCGGCCUUCCCGCCCGGCUCCGGACCGGUUAUUCCGCUCUACGCCAACGCCAACGCGCCGGUGGCGGCGGGCGGCGGCUCGGGCAGCGCGGCCGCCACCCCCUCGGCGUCGCCGGUGCAAGGCUUGACAUCAUUUGGGGGCAGCAUCGCGCCGGCGUCGCAGGCCGGGAGUCCCGUGGGAGAGCGCAGCGAAUCCGUCUGGAGACCCUGGUGACUUCCUG